AUGGAGCCAGCGAACAAGCGCUACUUCGCCGACGACCUCGACCGCGCGGGCAGCCCUUUUGACGGUGUCAGUGCGCUGCCUCCCGAUCAGCGCGAGCUACGGGUCGCCAUGCUGCACAUGCUUGCCGUGCUGAAGGAGCAGUCCGACGCCGUGGCUGCCGCGAUCCGGCACGAAAACGACUCUUCCCGCCCUGCCGACCGUCUUCGCCAGCGAGACGACCUCACUGCGUUCUACCGUUGGACGGCCUACUACAUUCGCACGCUCCCCUUCCUUCCUCAGACGGCCGAAGACCUCGCCCUCCUCGUCGCAACGGUCAGCCUGCGAGUGGGUGUCUCCGACAUGCGCCCGUCCCGUAUCCAGGCUGUCGUCUCGCUCCUCAUGGGCCGCAUCCCUCGCUCAACGAUGUCCAGCGGCGGCGUUGCCCGCAACGAGACCUGGUACUGGGUUGCCGUCGCCAAGACGCACGGUGCACCAUUCGCCAUUCUCGAGGCCCUUCGGCGGCUGAAUGUCAGGAGCCACACCGCCUUUGCCAGCCGCUUCUCGAGCAAGCAGACCAGCGGUGGCGACGCCGACCCUGAAGGCGCCGUCGCUUCGCGCUUCCUCGAGCAUCUCGGUCUGAAGAGCGCCCCGACCGCGCCCAUUGCCGGAAUCACGCAAGACGAGGCGGGUCGUUGGUUGGAACAGGUCCAAUGUGUGCUGUCCGACUUUGACCUGCCCCUCGCUCUGCCCGAGGCCGAGUCGCGCGAGGACAGCGAUGGAAGCGACGAGAUGGAUGAGGACGCCGCUGGGACUGAAGAAGGCACCGAGAGAUCCGCCGACGACAUGUCGGUGGUCGUCGAAGCCCCGCUCGAAGGCGACCUCGCCCAGGCCGGCGCAGCUCCGACUCCCGCGAACCAGCCCCCUCCGAUCGAAGUCCACCUCGCCGGCGGCCACGCCUGCGGCAAGACGGCCGCUCUCGACAUCGACCUCAUCCUCCGCAUCCCAGCGCCUCGACCUGCGAUUCGGGGUGAGCGCGACAAGGUGGCUGAAGCCCUGUUGUCGCGUCUCAGCGAGAAGCUCCCCGUCUUGCGCGAGCCGGCGGCCGCUCCCGGUUCGCCGUCUGCGCCCGACCCGACCUACAACACGAUCUUCCGCGAAGUCACCCUCCGCUCUCAGUUCGAUGCGCGCGAGCCGAAGGUGUGGACCGAGACCUCCGUCGUCCGCAUCACGGUCAAGGCAGACGAUGCGCCUCGUCUGGUCCCCAUCGACAUCCUCAUUGCGUACGAUGACACUUUCGGGGCGGCGCAAUUGUCCUUCACCUCGUCACCGCUCUUCCUCGACGAGCUGAGGCGGCAUCUCGCCAAGCAGGAUCUCGUCCUGACGGGUGGUGGGCUCUUCCGUCGACCCGGUGCGGGCGGCGGCGGCGAGCUCGAGCUCGUUCCUGUGCCGCUCGACGUCGGGGUAUUUACGCGCGCGGAUCUCCCUUAUGUUCGCCCGCCAGAUCGCCUCGUCGAUAUCCCGCGCGCCGUCCUUCUUCGCGAGCACGCUGACUCCGCCUCGGCCGCCCUCAUCGGCUCGAAAUCGUUCGAUUCGUUCGCCGCCGAGCUCACCGCCUUUGCGUGGGAUCACAGCUCGGCGAAGCUGUCCGACCUCGACCGCGCCUUCCCAACUCGCUCGAUUGUGCCUUCGCGCGCGCCUUUGCGCGACAACGACGGCUUGGUCGUCACCGAGCCGUCGUCCCCCGAGGAACGCAAGAAGCGCCUUGUGCCGGCGUCGGCGGCCCCUUCAGAAGGCGCCGAGACUCGCGAACCUUCACCCGAACCUCGAGGAUCGGACCACGGCCGCGCCCGCUCGGUCUCACCUUCGCAUCCUCGUCAGAAGCGCCGCGGAGAAUCUGGGACGGCGAUACCUCCUGCAGCAGCUGGCGUCCCCGCCCGCGGAACGUCUCACGCGAGCGGCGCUCCCACUCCCGCCCCUCCUGCCCCUUCCAAUGAGGCGAUCGCGACCGCUCCCGCCGUCGCAGCAGUCGCCUCUGCCAGCCCUUCCUCGCCGACGGCUCAUCCUCCCGCACGCACCACCCGCAUCUCUGCUACGCCUUUCAAGAAGCCGACGCGCAGCUCGCCUGCCCCGUCAGUUGUCGUCGGUGGUGCCGCGCAGGCUACGCAGGUGGGCGAGGCGUCGACACCUGCCCCCUCUCGCGACAAGCAGCCCGUCGAAUUCGCGAACAAGCCGGCGCGCGUCUUCUCGUUCCGCUCGACGGAAGUUCCGUUGCUCUCGUCGGAACAAGGAGACGUCGGUCCUUUUACUCGAGGCGACGACCACACGGCGACGUACGUCUCGGGCAGCAAAUCCAUCAGAGGCGACGGCAGCUGCCUCCCUCGCGCCCUUGUCGAGAACGCGUCCAGCAUGCAAUCUCGCCUCAAUCACGUCAAGCUGCGCGCCAUGAUGUGCGACCUGAUGACCCUAUUCGUCAAGACCCCGGCGCAGAUCCUCCACCCGUCCUUCUCUCCUCCCGACGACCCCGAGCAUGCCGACCCCGAGCACGUGAACGCUCUGUGGGAGCAGGUCUGGGAGGAUCGAGGCAUGACAACCGGUCGUGACCGGCCGAAGACCGUCAGCGGGUUCAUCGAGUUCCUCCGAGCGACGAGCGUUUGGUGCGACGCGGCGGAUUUGUUCUGGUUCAGUCUGAUCCUCGGGCGCGAGAUCGUCCUCAUCUCCGAGGGCAGAGCCCCUUUCACUGCCGUCGCCGUGCGCCUGUUCGAACCGCCUUCGCUCGACGAUAUACCCGACGACGACGAUCGGCAGCGCGUCCAUGCCCUGGGUAUCCCCAUCGACCUCGAACACCAGAACGGUUCCGGCCCGAUCAUGAUCCUCAACCAGGGCUCGUUCCACUUCAUGGCGACACCGCUCGACCCAGGUCUCAGCACCGUCCUCGCCAACGUCUUCCAGCGCGCCCCGCGCCUCAUACACGUUCCGACACUGCGCGAGGUCGUCACAGGAUACGUCAACAUGGUCUCGUUCGAGCCCGAUGACCCUCCCGCCUUGCUUUGCGAGCCCUUGCCUCCUGCUCUUCCUCGCGCCCGUCCGCACUGA